AAAGCCGCUCGCUCGGAGCUCACCCUUCAGAUCAACACCGCUGUUCAACAGGAGACGCACUGCGAGAGCUAAAUAAGCAAUCAUGGUGAAGCGUGUUGCAGUUAUUCUGUCUGGCUGCGGCGUCUAUGACGGCACAGAGAUCCACGAGGCCUCUGCCGUCCUGGUCCAUCUGAGUCGCGCUGGAGCAAAAGUGCAGAUGUUUGCCCCAGACGAUGAUCAGAUGGACGUUGUAAAUCACUGCAAGGGGAACGCUACUGAGGAGAAGAGGAACAUCCUGCAGGAAAGCGCUCGUAUCGCUAGGGGCGACGUGACUGAUUUGGCCAAGCUGGAUGUCUCAGCGUUUGAUGCUGCCAUCAUUCCAGGAGGGUUUGGUGUGGCUAAGAACCUGAGCGACUGGGCUUCAAAGAACAAGAGCUGCACCGUCCAGCCACAUCUGGAGAAGAUCAUCAAGGAUUUCCACAAAGCAGGAAAGCCUCUGGGCAUGUGCUGCAUUUCCCCUGUCCUGGCUGCAAAGCUGCUGCCCGGCUGUGAGCUCACCGUGGGGCAGGACAAAAAGUGUGAAAAGUGGCCGUUUGCUGAGACGGCUGGAGCUCUGAAAGACAUGGGCUGCAAACACGUGAACAAAGACGUGGAUGAAGCUCACGUUGAUGUCAAGAACAAGCUGGUCACCACCUCUGCCUUUAUGUGCAACGCUCCCUUUCACAAAGUGUUUGAUGGAAUCGGCGUCAUGGUUCAAGAAAUACUGAAACUUGCCUGAGAAGAUUGCUAUAUGUAAUCAGUUCUAUUUAUUUUCACCAGCAAAUCAGGAGAGAUACUGUAAUAUUUAAUCAGAAACUCCAAGUAAACAAAUGUCAGAGUGAAAUUCUAAAUAAAGUGUUUUCUGGAACUUA